AUGUGCGUUGACCAAGGGGAUAUUGACCAAUGCAAUCUCAAGAUGGCAUAUAAGCUGUUUAAGAGGAAGAAUUUCUGUGUGAUUGACUACAAUAUCGAUAAAAAUGGUUGGAUGUCCGUUCCUCAAUUUGGAGGGUGGGAUCAUAAGGCUCCAGGAGCUACAGACUAUUCCAUGGUAUUUUCUCGAGCUCGAGCUAAUAGGAAGCAGCACAAAACAGAUUUGAGUGACUUCAAGCGAGCCAGCCUCGGGCAUGAAACGGAGUUAAUCAAUGGCGCUCAGCAUCAAGAUGAUUCGAUUAUGAGGAAAAAGAAGAUUCUGACCUACAUCAAUUGCUGUAUUAAGCCUUGA